UUGACGGUGAAGAGCGCUUUACAGGUUUCACGUUUGUUCUUUGCGACACCUAAAUAUAUAUUUAUUUGGUAUUCUAAGAAAAAUUAAUAAAAAAUGAGAACGAAUCUUGGAGCAAGUUUUGAAGGAGAUACGAAUGAAAAUGUCAUUGCAAGCAAUGCCAACGGCGUUGAAGAAGAUUUCGUUGGAGAUAAGUUGCAGGUCGAGCUAGAGGAGCCAAGAGAUAGUUGGGGGAGUAAAGCCGAGUAUCUUUUAGCGUCCAUUGGUUUUGCUGUUGGAUUGGGUAAUCUGUGGCGAUUCCCAUACCUGUGUCAAAAGAAUGGAGGAUUUGCAUUUCUUAUCCCAUACUUCAUCUUUAUGGUGAUCGAAGGGAUUCCAAUAAUGAUGCUGGAGUUCGCAAUUGGUCAGAAAAUGCGAAUGUCGUCUUGGCGCGUUUGGUCCAAUGUUAGUCCAGCGUUACGCGGCCUCGGUUUGGCAUCGGUCAUUGUUUCAUUGACUGUUUGUUGUUACUACAUGGUGGUCAUCGCCUGGUGUUUUUAUUAUUUCUUUAUUUCCUUCCAAAAAAACCUACCUUGGCAGGUUGAGCUGUGCGCAAACUACGGAGCUUACGAAAAACUACAGGAUCAGGUGGAAAUCUGGGAAAAAAACUACACUCACUAUAAACAACUCAAUCAAACUAUUUAUGGCCAUAAGACAAAUCAGACAAAAACAACAUACGAGAAUACAAAAUUAGCACUUGAGCGUAACUUCAGCUCUUGCUGUGUUAUUGACUCCCCCCAGUGGUACUUCUAUUCUAGUGUAUUAAAUAUAUCAAUUGACAUUGAAGAUUAUAGUCUUGGUUUAAAUGGAAAGUUGGUCGGAUGUCUGAUUGUUGCUUGGGUGGUUGUUUAUUUUUGUGUGAUCAAUGGAAUCAAAUCAAGUGGCAAGGUAGUUUAUUUUACUGCUACUUUUCCGUACGUGAUCUUGCUGAUUCUUUUUUUCCGUGGUGUGACAUUAGAUGGAGCUGGCUCGGGCAUUGAGACGUUUUUUUCACCUGAGUGGUCUAAAUUGAAUGAUCCGAAGAUUUGGAAAGAUGCGGCCGCUCAAAUGUUCUUUACUCUUGGUAUAAGCUUCGGUACUUUGAUCACGUUUGCAAGUUACAUGCCUAAAAAUAAUCAAUGUAUACGAGACAGUUAUACCGUGGUAUUUGUCAACUGUGGUACAUCUAUUUUCUCGGGAUUGGUGGUUUUUACUAUACUGGGGUAUCGAGAAUUAAAGACUGGAAUAAAGGCGGCUGACGUCGGCAGUGGACCUGGACUAGCUUUUAUGGCGUUUUCUGAUGCUAUUACUCAACUUGAUGCGUCGCCAUUUUGGGCGGUCCUAUUUUUCUUCAUGUUGAUCCUCUUGGGAAUUGACUCGGCAUUUGGACUGUUGGAAGGAGCUGUCAAUCCUCUUUAUGAAUUGGGAUUAUUUCCAAAGAAAUUAAACAAAUCAAUUGGAACAGGUAUCGUUGCUGUUGUUUUGUUUCUGAUUGGUUUAUCAAUGGUGGCUGGAAACGGAUUUUACAUAUUUCAAAUAUUUGAUGAUCACUCCGCUACAAUUCCACUCUUACUGAUUGGUGUGUUCCAAUGCAUUGGUGUUUCCUGGGUGUAUGGAAAUGAUAGAUUUGCCGACGACAUUGAAGGGAUGACAGGAAAACGACCGUGGAUUGGUUGGAUGAUCUGCUGGAAAUAUAUCUCUCCUCUUGCUUUAAUUAUUCUCAUCAUCGCCACUUUAUAUGAUAUGGGUGACAAAGGAGUUGGUUAUUACACUUUUGUUGCUUGUCUACAGGAUCCCUUCAGCAACAAGUAUCCAGGAGUUGAGGCCUGGUUAUCGCCACUAAAGUAUCCAGGCUGGGCAAGAUUCCUGGUGGCUUUGGUAAUUAUGAUUUCGACAGUUCCCAUACUGAUCUUUAUGAUCAUAGGAUGGCCGAAAGAUUGGAGAGCGAAGUUUCACAACACUUUGUUUUCUUCCAUCAAAAAUUAUUAUCCGGAUCCACCAAAAAAGAAAGAUGAUAACCUUGGCUAUUGAGGAAUUGCGUGAAUAUGCGUGAUCUAAGAAAUGCCUAUGCAUGGGUGUUUUAAUUUUAUUUAUUUGAUACAUUGAUGACUUUCGAAAGCAUAGAUUAACCAAAAUAACUUUAAAUCUGCGCCGGCGUGCUCUUCUAGCAAUUGGCAUUUGAUUUCAUUCUGGAGCGUACCAAUGUUUUAUUAUUUGUGUGGGUUGCGUGUUCCAGAAUUCUCCGGUGAAAUUCAUUAAAGAAUCCCUUUCGACGUGGGGUAAGACCUCUCGUUUGUGGAAAUCAGGAUACAUCAAUCAACUUCUAGAAUUAACGUGCCAUUGUUUCUAAAAUUAUCGACCACAUGAGGAUUUCUUUUUUCAAACCAAAUCAAUUCUGUAUCUCUUCAGCAGCCACAAACCCUGGUUAGGCACGCCAAUGAUUUCUUAUAAAGUUUUAAAACGAACGUGGCUGCAGCCUGCCAACCUCGUACCUAGGGCAGCCUGCAUGCAGAAAUAUACAAUAUCAAGAAAGGUUAUAAUUUAAAUUUACGGGCGUUAUUUGAUACGCAGGAUCAUAACUGAUACUGAUAGAUAGAAUAAAUAGAAUAGGGUAGAAAGAAAAGCUGUCAGCCUAUAUAAAUGACUGGAUGUGAUUUAAUACUAGCAUGCGAACACUUAGAUUUUAAGCCUAUAGGCAAGUCGUUAAACGGCUACAUUUUAGUUGAUUAUUUAAUUCACAGCAAAUGAGAGCUAACAAAUCGAUGACAUUUCACAUCUAUGUAGGUUAGGCGCCAUCAGUAGAUUGAACUGGUUCGGGGAUUAAUUCCUUUAUUAUUUCACCGCAUGUAAUUAAACCGUCUAUAUUAACUAUGGAAAUAGCCUAAGUAACGAUUAAAGAAAUACCAUACGCAUAGCUGCACAAUGUACAUUGAGCAAAUUUCUGAAUUUUAAACUUCGCUUUUGCUUCGCUUACAGACAGAAUAACGAAGAAGCAUUCUGUAAGAAAUUGUUUGAAAU